AGAGUAGGAAUGCGUUGAAGGAAGUCAGGAAACAUUUAACUACUCGACAGUCUGUUUUACACACCUUACUCCCGGAGUAUUUUCCCACGUACUAUGUUCGCCUGUACUUGAUUUUUGUUUUGUGCGUGAAAGAACAUACAGAGCUUAAUUUCGUUUAAAAAAAAGUAAUAUUAAACUAAGAGAACAUGGACAACAAGAGCGGAAUGGUGGCGAAAAUCCAGACUAGGAUAAGAUCAGACCCCUUUGCGGCUAAUUAUGAGCUGGUGGGCAAAGAACUGGGGCGGGGAAAGUUCGCUGUCGUGAAAAAGUGCGUAGAGAAAACGACGGGUAAGCAGUACGCCGCCAAGUUCCAGCGAAAACGUCGGAAGGGCCAGGACUGCCGCGUGGACAUCCUGAACGAGAUCGCCGUGCUGGAGCUGGCCAAGUCCAACCCGUACGUUGUGGCGUUGCACGAGGUCUACGAAACCGCCACAGAGAUCAUCCUGGUUUUGGAAUGUGCGGCCGGUGGGGAAAUCUUCGACCAAUGCGUGGCUGACAACGACGAGGCCUUCACGGAGAAAGACGUAAUCCGGCUGGCCAGGCAGAUCCUAUCAGGGGUGGCCUUCCUGCAUCGGAACAAUGUGGUGCAUCUGGACCUGAAGCCGCAGAACAUCCUACUGACCAGCGCUCUGCCUUUGGGUGACAUCCGUAUCGUGGACUUCGGUCUGUCCAGACAUAUGGACAGCAUCUCUGAGGUCCGGGAGAUUCUGGGCACCCCAGAGUAUGUCGCGCCCGAAAUCCUGAACUACGAACCAAUUAGUACCGCAACAGAUAUGUGGAGCAUCGGAGUUCUAACCUACGUCAUGCUGACCGGCGAGUCGCCCUUCCUGGGCGACGACAAGCAGGAGACGUUUCUCAACAUCUCGCAAGUCAGCGUUGAGUACUCGCACGACACUUUCGAGGACAUCUCACCGCUGGCCGUCGACUUCAUCAAGUCCCUGCUGGUGAAAAACCCCAGGAAGCGAGCCACGGCUGAGGAAUGCCUCAAGCACCCCUGGCUGAACCCCCACCCCCACCUGCUCCACCACCCGAGGUCUUCCUACAUGUCUUUAGACGAGCCGGAGACCAGCCAGUCCGAGUCGGACCCCGAGAGCCCGGCGCCGUCCCCGGAGCUGGACUUGAUCGGAUCCUACCUGACGUGCCCGUGCCAGGGGGAGCUGAAAACGGGAUGCGGCGCCUUCUCCUUCGCCGAACCGCCCUUCCCCACGCGGCCCGAAAUCCAGCAGGAGCUCAUCUGCUAGGAAGGAUGUCGAGACGCUGAACUCUUUUUACUUCCUGCUGAGAUGUUCCAUACUUCCUGUUUAUGGAAAAGAUAAGGUUUCUCUUCAGGUGACUCGGAAUUCUCAACAUUCUGUGAUGAACUUUUGGUGAAGGAAGUUUAAAAAAAACAAAACAGCAAUUUUUAUAUGUUUAUUUAUGUUUUUUUUUUGGUAUAACUUUAACCUCUUGGACAUCCUGCAAGCCUGCGUUGAAUGAAAAUGGCAGCAUUCUCACAUUUUGAAUCCAAUCUGUAGCACUUUUUUUUAAUUUGAAAAAAAAUUAAUAUUUUGUUAUAAAGACAAAAAAACGCACAUAGCGUACUGUAUAUAUUAUUCACACUGUGUUCACAUAUUUUUCUUUUUUUUUUUUUUGGCUUUUGCACAAGUCACACUUUUUUUUUCUUUUUUUUUU